AAUUUCCCAGUGCUGCGGUGCAAUAAAAUGGUGUGCAGCAAAGAUAGCAUUGCUUCCUCAACCUGCCUGGCCUCCACCGUCACUUCGAGAAGCUCGGAUCGACAAUUCAUUUUUAAGCCCGCUGUCAACAGAGUAACGGCAAUAAGUCGAGAUGGUAGUGGUGAUGGCGUCUGUUAAACAAGCUAGUUAGCCACUGCUAUGACAUGCGGGUCCAACCAUUUGCGUAUUAUUAUAUUAUUAUUAUUGUUACAACUUGUGUUGUGUGAAGACGCCUAAACUUAAAAACCUAAACCUAAGUAAAUCGUUAUAUUGUAACAGCAACAAGCUAGCUAGCUAGCUAAAUGUUUGCUUCGAAAGGAACCGGAAAAAACAAUGAUGACGUCAGCGGUAGGCUUCUACGGCAACCCACACUGUUCAAAAAUGCUACAUAAUAAACAGCUACCACAAAUGUAAAAAUUAAUAAUUACAAUUAUUUUGUAGCUACACGACAGUGAGUUUGGGAUUUUAUGACUAAAAACUAUCACAAAUGUAUUUAGAAGUAGUUUUUUUAACAUAUAUACAACAUAAACUAUCGUUGAACUGUAUGGCGCGGUGCAUUGUGGGAGUUACAGUUUGUGCCACAUAUCCUCCUUCAGAAGAGUAACUUCUCGUACAAUUGACCGCACACAAAAACCUCCUCCAGCGGCGGACUUUUUAUUUAUUUUUUAAUUUUUUUGUUCUCAUGUUCUCCUGGGAACUUUCUUUUUUUCAAAAUUAGACAUUGUCCAGCGACGCCGGACUGCUUGGCUUCGGAUACAAUUCCUUUUUUGGGGAACUUUGUGAGCUCGUCCUGCCAAUGAGCUUGGUUGCGCGAGCCUCAGCGGGGAUUAGCCAAAUAAGCUAACUAACGAAUUGAAUUGAAUUAUUAUGCAGACGUUUCUCACAAACUACAUUUAAUUAUUCCGCAAGUGUCCUAAAUAGCUGUGGUAAUUUAAAGUUGGACAAUUAUACAUUGACUGAUGUAGCUUCUGGCACCAACAUGGGAAAGACACAUCAUUUGUUUGGGUGGUUGACGUCAUUAUGGUUAUUAGUUACGACCAGUAAUUGAGUUAUUUUUAAUUAUAUGGCGAAAUCGCUAAUCUGAGAAUGAGAGGGACAUUCUUAGCGGAGUAGUACUCUUUGCUUUUUCUUCGUCAAAACAUGUCCGACGCGCAAAGUUCCGCUUCAUAUUUUGCUGUGGAUGAUCUGCAGUGGCUAUGUAUGGUCACACUUUUUAUCGCAUCCCUGGUUACACUGAUACUGUAUUUGGCACAGUAUUUCCAACUAAGGGCAACGGGAUCGGAGGAGACGGUAGCAGAGGACAAUGCGGCGAAGGAGGAAGCCGCCUCUCUGCUGGGAUGGGCGCUGUCACUGGCUAGCUGGAAAAGUCAGUGGAGGGGAGCGUGGUGCAAAGCUUUGAAUGCGCAAGCAAGGGAGAUAUCAUCCGGGAGUCCAUAUCUUUUGACGUUUGAUGAAAAUGAUCUUGAAGCAUCAGAGUUUGUUGUCCGAGAAUUGUCCCACUGCAAGAAGUCUGCCCAACAUAAGGCCGCUCGCUGCAGCGUCGUCAGCGACAAGCUGCAGUUCACCCUCCACGCCUCCGCAGCCACAUCGUCUUCUGCUGAUCCUGAUAAAUACACAGCCUGCAUUUCACCGCUGGAGCUGCAGCUUGAGUUACUGAUGCGGGAAGCUGACGAUGAGGUCAAAGUGAGCUGGGGGGUUUCUCACCUGGAGACGGACGGGCUGCAGGUGACGCCCAGUUCUUCACAGGACAAUGUCAGCACUUCCUGCGUGGCGGCGGUGAGGGAGGAGUUGAAGCGAGUGCUGUGUGCGGCUUGUCCCUCCGUUUUAUUGAGCUGCAAGCCUGCUCAGGUCUCCGAGGUCAAGUUUGUCCUCCAGGAAAGCUGCAAUCGAGUGUUUUCACCCCCCAAACCUCCUCGUGCCCACGACUGGAAGCUGCUGGUGAAAAACAUUCGCGCAGAGCUCAAUCUGCAGGAAGAUGUUGCAGGCAGCAUCAACCCUGUAUGCGUCCUGCAGUUAGAUGACCCUCCACAGAAGUUUAACACGUCUGUUAUGAAGAACACAUCCACUCCUGCCUGGGAUCAUCCUUUUGUUUUUGAACUGAACGGACGAUCGAAGGAGCUCAUUAUCCAGUUGAUGAAUGAUGGUAGUCCGCAAGAAGAUAGCCUUCUGGGCGAGGUGUCGGUGCCUUUCGACCUCGUUAAAAAGCAGCCCAAGGGACAGCAGACCUUUUCCCUCAUCACCAAAGAUGUCACGACAGGAUCCCUUACUACUGAUUUUACCUACUUGGAUCCAAACGAGGUGCGGUCGUGGCAGCCCCCGACCCCGGCCUCCACCAAGAGGGUGGAGAUGGACCGUACAGUCAUGCCCUGCGGAACGGUGGUCACCACCAUCACUGCGGUCAAGAGCAAACCGGGUCGACCGCUCCCUCCUGGACUCAGCAUAGAUUCCUCACAAAAAGCACUGGCCAGCAAGCCGAAGAUUUCGGAGCGACGCGUUUCAGAGCAGACGCCCGUGCUGGGAGCGACAGUCAGCAAAGUCUUGUCGUCUUCGGACACCGAGUUACUGAUGCUUAAUGGCACCGACCCGGUGGCUGAGGCCGCCAUCAAACAACUCCACCAGUCCGCCAAGCAGAAGCUCAGGUCGCCGGUGAAGAAGAGUACCAUUAUCAUCUCCGGGAUUGCAAAAACGCCGUUGUCGCAGGACGACGAGCUGGCCCUCAUGGCAGGCUACGCUGCUGCAAUGGAUGCCUCCAUGUCCAAUGGAGGCUCCACUCAGGAUGUGACCGCGGCGAUCCUCUCAGGGACCAGCAGCAGCCCUCCAGAGGUGUCGGAACACGAGGAAGGGCCCAGCGGAGCGGGAUGCCCCCGGGAAGACUGGGAGAGCCACGCCGGAGAGGACUUGAACCAUACCUCGCUCUCCAUGUGUGUGUCAGAGGUCAGCUGCAAAAAGAGAAGAGGCAGUUUCCUACAGAAGAGCGCCAAGCUCUUCUUCCGGCGGCGACACCAACGCAAGGACCCCGGGAUGAGCCAGUCGCACAAUGACUUAGUUUACCUGGAAUCUCCGGCCGUGGUGGAGCGGGCCAGCAAAACGGCCACGCUUAGCCGCAUGCUGAGCCGCAAGAGCAAGGGCAAAGCCAACGGCUCUACCUCCAACGGACAACCGAAUGUGUGACGCCUCCACAGCCCGCCACCAACCACCUCAUUCUAUAGACCAUAAUAACCACCAUCUGAGUUGGGGUAUUUCCGAGGAUAUUUUAUUUUUACCUGUCUACUCAGUUUUUUGGUUUGAUGCAGCAUUUUUUGUGUGCGUGUGGCCUUGAUCCAGACUCAUGCGGACCUCAUGCGUCUUUUACCUCGCUGAUGCGGAAUUUAAAGGAUUUAUUCCAAAUACCGUAUUUUCCGGACUAUGUCGCAGUUUUUCUACUAGGUUGGCUGUUCCUGCGACUUAUACUCCAGAGUGACUUAUAAAUGAAAAAAAAAAUGUUUUUGUUACAUAAACACUGGACACUUUAUUUGCCUUCCAAGAGGACGUAAUGUCUGUUUUGGUCAAGUAAAUAAAGUAAAUAAAUUACCCGCAAAAAAAUGCAACUUAUACUCCAGUGCGACUAAUCUAUGUUUUUUUUUUUUUUACCUAAUUAUGCAUUUUUGGCCUUGUGCGACUUAUACUCCGGAGCGACUUAUAGUCCAGAAAAUACGGUCAAUGAUCCCUUGGCUGGAGUCUGUCUAUAGUGUCCUAACUCUAAAAGAGCUACUAUCCACUCACCAACAUGUGGAUGCUUUGUUUGGGUACACCAUUCCUACCGAGAAGCUAUUUUUUGGGGGGGAAAAAUGCAUUAUGGCUUUAAUGCAUUUACUUCGCUGAUGCGGAAUUUAAAGGAUAAACAAUCCUCGGUGUGAACCGCAGUUUUCCUACGGUGGAUCAACAGGACCAAAGAUGAAGAUAAAUGGUGGUAUUUGUACGCUUUGCACAACUCCAGUACCUUUUUUUUUCCCCAUUUCCAGUGCAAUGACUGGAGCUGCUGGUGUGAUGAUAGACUCUUCUGUUGUUCCGAAUAUACACAAAGGGAGGUCAUGUGACUACUUCUGGACAAGUUGUUGUAUUUAUUCCUAUCCAAUACAUUGGCUGCGUGUGUGUGAGUGAUACUGUAUGCACAUACAGUACGAAUAUCAAGGAAACAGCCAUGUCGAAUGAAUGGGAAUGAAAUGCAUUAUUCAUUAAGAAAUAUCAUUUCUUAAUGACACAAUAUUCAUUACAUUUCACAAUUUCAUUGUGAAAUAUCAAAAAUCGGUGUCGAAAAUAUUAUUCAUUAAGAAAUAUAAUUUCUUAACAACACAAUAUUCAUUACAUUUCACAAUAUUCAUUGUGAAAUAUCAAAAAUCGGUGUCGAAAGUAUUAUUCAUUAAGAAAUAUCAUUUCUUAACGACACAAUAUUCAUUACAUUUCACAAUAUUCAUUGUGAAAUAUCAAAAAUCGGUGUCAAAAAUAUCAAAGAUAAAGACACUGUUGAUAAUGUGAGAUUUUUAUUAACAAUAUGUUUUGGAAAUAGUCAUCAAAGUCUUCCUGAAUGAUGUUUAAAUGACCUUUUUUGACCUCUGACACAAUUAGUCCCGCUUGUUGUGUUUUGCACAAAGUCGUUUUACCCUCCGAUUCCUGUAUGUAACAUUGCAUUGUUUUUUAUCGUCACGUGUCAUUGAACACGUGCAAACAUACAUGAUUGUAUUGUUUUUUUGUUGUUGUCAGAGUGCAACUACUGUACCUUCUGUUUCCUCGUUCCGCAGUACUACCACGGGAUGACGUAAAAAAAAGUGAUUGCCUUACAGUAGUUCUUCAGUACAUGCUGCCCACGUGUGCUACAAAACAAGCUUUUUGGGUGGAGAACGUCUGUUUUUUCCCCCGACGCCACCCACGAUGCCUCAUCUGAACGCCUAUAUACGGAAAAGUAGAAAAACUCCUACAGGUAUUUCAGCGUUUACACUAUUGGAUAUACCUGUUCGUCGCAACACUCCUCCAUUUUACCGGCUCUUCUCUUCCAUCACUGAUGUUUAUUUACAAUAACAGACUGUUAAGAAUUGUGCAGUACAGUUUGUAGUAACGCAUAUUUACACUGUGCAAUUCUAAAGUAUUCAGUAAACUCAAGGGCUAUUGAAGAUUU